GGCGCCAUCUUCCGCGGCGCGGAUUGAAUGAGCCGCUGCACCCGAGCAGCCGAGGGGAUCCGCGCGCCGCCGCCUCCGCCAUGGCGUCCCUGCCGCCCCGCGCAGGGCCCGCCACGCCGCUUUCGCCCGCGCGCCUGUCUCGGCUACAGGAGAAGGAGGAGCUGCGCGAGCUCAACGACCGCCUGGCGCACUACAUCGACCGCGUCCGCGCUCUCGAGCUGGAGAAUGAUCGGCUGCUGCUCCGGAUCUCCGAGAAGGAGGAGGUGACCACGCGCGAGGUGAGUGGCAUCAAGGCCCUGUACGAGUCGGAGCUGGCUGAUGCCCGGCGGGUGCUGGACGAGACAGCCCGGGAGCGUGCACGGCUGCAGAUUGAAAUGGGGAAGCUUCAGGCUGAGCUGGACGAGGCCAGGAAGAGUGCCAAGAAGCGGGAAGGUGAGCUCUCAGUGGCCCAGGGCCGCGUGAAGGACCUGGAGUCCCUGUUCCACCGGAGUGAGUCAGAGCUGGCCUCCGCUCUCAGCGACAAGCAUGGGCUGGAGAAGGACGUGGCAGAGCUCCGAGCACAGCUGGCGAAGGCAGAGGAUGGUCACGCCGUGGCCAAGAAACAGCUGGAGAAGGAGACGCUGAUGCGCGUGGACCUGGAGAACCGCUGCCAGAGCCUGCAGGAGGAGCUGGGCUUCAGCAAGAGCGUGUUUGAGGAGGAGGUGCGGGAGACCCGGCGGAGGCACGAGCGGCGCUUGGUGGAGGUGGACAGCAGCCGUCAGCAGGAGUACGACUUCAAGAUGGCCCAGGCCCUGGAGGACCUGCGCAGCCAACACGACGAGCAAGUGCGGCUGUACCGGCUGGAGCUGGAACAGACUUACCAGGCCAAGCUGGACAACGCCAAGUUGAGCUCGGACCAGAACGACAAGGCGGCCAGUGCAGCCCGGGAGGAGCUCAAGGAAGCCCGCAUGCGCGUGGAGUCCCUCAGCUACCAGCUCUCAGGCCUCCAAAAGCAGGCCAGUGCUGCAGAGGACCGCAUUCGCGAGCUGGAGGAGGCCGUGGCUGGGGAACGCGACAAGUUCCGCAAGAUGCUGGACGCCAAGGAGCAGGAGAUGACUGAGGUGCGCGACGCCAUGCAGCAGCAGCUGGCCGAGUACCAAGAGCUGCUGGACAUCAAGCUGGCCCUGGACAUGGAGAUCAGCGCCUACCGGAAGCUGCUGGAGGGCGAGGAGGAGAGGCUGAAGCUGUCCCCCAGCCCCUCUUCCCGUGUCACCGUGUCUCGGGCCACCUCCAGCAGCAGCAGUGGGGUCGGCGUGUCGGCGGGGCGGGGCCGGGGCAAGCGCCUGCGGCUGGAGACGGAGGACGCCCAGGGCCCGCGCGGCAGUGGCCCCCGCCUGGCCCAGCAGACCGCGGUCCCCGGUGUCGUGAGCAUUGAGGAGGUGGACCUGGAGGGCCGGUUCGUGCGGCUCAAGAAUGCCUCAGACAAGGACCAGUCUCUGGGGAGCUGGAGGAUCAGGAGACAGGGCCCGGAGGGGGAGGACAUCGCCUACAAGUUCACGCCCAAGUAUGUCCUGCGCGCCGGCCAGACUGUCACGGUGUGGGCCGCUGGUGCAGGGGCUGUCCACAGCCCCCCAUCAACCCUCGUGUGGAAGAGCCAGACCAGCUGGGGCUCUGGGGAGAGCUGCCGCACUGUCCUGGUCAACGCCGACGGCGAGGAGGUGGCUGUCCAGGCUGUGAAGCAGUCAUCCGUUCAGGUGAGCGAGAAUGGGGAGGACGAGGAGGAGGAGGCGGAGGAGGAGGCAGAAUUCGGCGAGGAGGACCUUUUCCACCAGCAGGGGGACCCGAGGACCACCUCGAGGGGUUGCCGGCUGAUGUGAAACCCGCCCCAUGGUAACCAAGGUCCUCACAGCCCCGAAAUUAUUUUUUUUAUAAUCAGCUCUCACUAGUCCUGGAUACAUUUCUGAAUGACUGAAGUGACCGUGAUUGUGCUCUGCUGGGUUUGCUAGAGGUGGGCGCCUGCCCGCCCGCCGGCUGAGGGGCUUGGGCCUAAGGCCAGUGUGGGAGGAGCAGGAGCCUGGUGGCUGGGGACGUAGUGUGAGACUGCAGCGUAUCACUAGUCGAGUUUUCUUUGACGAUUUUUAAAUCAAAUUCAGACUCCAGGUUCCUGAGGCCUGCGAGGUCACCAUCCUGUGAGGACUUGGUGGCUCUUCAGACACAGGGCAGACCCGCCAUUCCUGGUUGGUGCCACGGAGGGAGCAUUUGAACCCCGCGGGGUCUCAGCUCUGUGCCCUGAGCCUGAAGGGUCUGAGACAGUCCCCAGCCCCGGGGUAUCUGAGGCAUCUCUGGGCCUGGAUUCCAGAACAUUCUAGUCCCUUCUAAAGCUGAGGACCAAGAAGGAGGAUGCUCACACACGGGACAGCGCCUCCUUUCCUAAGCUUGUCCCUCUGGUAGACUGGAGAGGACAGACUGUGGGUGCUCGCGGGAGUGUGGCAGCGCCAGCUGUGAGCAUGGUCCGUGUCCGGGCCCCGCCCUGCUGGCUUGGCAUGGAUGCUUUCCGCGGUGGAACAUAGUUCCACAAGCCCCAGGUGCCACCCAGCUCGCACCUGUCACCUUCACCUCCCCACCAGACACACGGUAUUUUUUUAAUGGAUAUUUAUUUUUUUACAUCAGUAACGCAGCUCUCUGAGACGCUGCUCUGGGGGUUCAGGUCCUGGGCUGCCCCGGUGGAGAUCGCCCGACCCUCAGUUUCCUCUGCUGAGCCAUGAGGGGCGCUGUCUCUCCUGGCACAGCCGGUGGGAGAAGUCGGCCCCUCUGCCCACGGCAAGAGCCACAGGAAGCCACUACUGCCACCAACCCCAGAACCCAGCAGCCACACACACACACACACACACACACACACACACACACACACACACACACACACACACACACACACACACACACACACACACACACCCGCUCCUAGAUACCUCCGUCGUCUUUAGGUGAUAGGUGUUGGUCCUGGCCCACGGCGGGGCAGGCUGCGGUCCACGGCGCUGCGCUGCCUCUCCCACAGGGCAGGGGUCCUCCGGGCACCCGGCGCCAGGGCUGGCCUCGUUAGGAGUGGGGCUGCAGCAGCCGGCGGGCCCAAAGCGGUCCUGCCCCGGCCCCUGCGGGCGACGCGGCGCCGGGGGAGCAGCCCGCCUAAGCGCUUCCCAGGAGGAUUCCUUUCUAAGAUGCAUGCCAAAAGUGUGUUCCGCCUUUUUUUCCCUCCCUGCUAUGAUUUUUAAUAUACAUUUUACGACUGGAAGCUUUUGUACACUCAAAUAAACACUUUGAUUUUAA